UUUAGUACAACACCAUCAAUGGGUCCGUUAUCAGCCUCGUAUCUGUGAAAACUAGUCUUUAUAUGCAACCAUGUAACUAUAUAUAAAUCCAGGGCCAGUAGUCUCGCUCUCUUCAUCCAGCUGGUCCAUCAUGUCCAUCCCUCCAUUCGAUUCCACCACCUACUCCACCUAUACCCAAUCACCAAAUCCAUCCUGGACGUAUGGUCAGAGAGUCGACACCACUCCUGCCGGAAAAGACUGGGUCGCAGGCGAAUCUGCAGGGUGGAAAGUCUAUAACACAGCAGAAACAGAUAAGGUCGAUCUCUACAAGCUCUUGAUCUCGGGCAUCGUACCACGCCCGAUCGCAUUCGUGUCCACGAUCAGUGAGGAUGGCAUAGAGAACCUGGCACCGUUCAGUUGGUUUAACACAGUCACGAACAACCCGCCUAUCAUUUCAUUCGCAUGCAACGACAGCGCUCCGGGCCGCCUCAAGGACACAACCACGAACUUGAAGAACAGCCAAGGAUUUACCGUGAACAUCAUCAGCGAGCCAUUCGUCGAGAAUGCGAAUGCAACUGCCAUAGACGCUCCUCCCAGUUUCGACGAGUGGAGUCUCAGCGGUCUGACAAAGGAAAAAUGCGUGCAAACAAAAGCCUCCCGUGUCAAGGAAAGCGCUUUUAGCAUGGAGUGCGAGCUCUACAAAUCUAUCGAUAUCACCCACCCAGUCACAGGCGAGCACAGCAGCACACUCAUCCUCGCGCACGUCAAGUACAUUCACGUGCGCAAAGACGUGCUCACAGAGAGAGGUGUCAUCGACCUCACAAAGUUUAAGCCUGUCGCGCGUUUGGGCGAUAUCUCAUAUGCGCGCGUUGGAGAUGCAUACAGGAUCGCCCGUCCAACAUGGGCGCAGGACGAGGGGAAGAUACGAGAAGCGUUGGGGACUCAGGCAUCCCUAUGAAAUAGAACGAAGGAGGCCAGCUUACUGUUUCUUGGGUAGCAUAUACCAUAGAACAUAAGACAGGCAAUAGAUAUCAGCAUUCACGCGUGAUCGAGUCCGUUACCAUUUCUCAUCGCUGAGAUGGUCCUUCCUUGUAAUGAUUACAAGGGCCGCUGUCGCUCGUGGGGAUACGAUAAUACAUCACGCGAAGGGAAACAUUCACCAAUCCCGUGGGGAAUUUGCUGCAACUUCGUGUCUUCCUGCAAUUAGGUGUGGCAUUCGUAGAACGUUCACACGAGAAGGUAGUUAACUUUGAGUACACUCAAGAAUCGAGCAGAGGAAACUGGCCGAACUAAGCGUGUAUCGUCGGGAAAGGAUCAACUACUCUAACAGUAGACUCAGCUUACAUACUGUAGAGUACGGGUCUU